GACACUGUGGCGCACGGUUGAAAACCUUUCAGUAGCAGCAGAAAAGCGCACCCGAAAUCAAAUCCAACUAAAUAGCAACAACGAGAGACGGCAAUUUGUGUAUUGUUAUAAUUGUAUUGUGCAAUAACGCAGUAGAAUAUACUAACGUGCGUGUGUUUGUGCAUUUUGCAUAUAGCCAUCAAUUUAAAUUAAAAACAUUUUUAGGCUCAAUUAAAUACUUCCGCGCGUCGUCGUUGUGUCGUCGCCGCGCCAGUUUUUCCAUUGCGUGCGCUGUAUUCGCUCUCUCGCCCCGCCGCAUUGACGUCUACGCCACAUAUACACGCACACACACACUCGCACACAAACAGACCAGACACACACACACACACACAUACAUACAUACACACAUAACAAACUCUCAAACUCGAUUGUUGCUGCUCUCGUUCUCGCAACACUCUCGCUGCUUUUUAGUGCCAACUAUCUCUGUCAUUUGUGUCACUGCCUUUGCUCAGUUUCUGUCUAUGUCUCUGUCUCUGUCUGGCCGCCACAUUCGUUUUGUUUGUGUUGUAUUAAAAAAGGGCCGCUGAGAAGUAAGCAGCAAGCGGACAGACGCACGCGAUAGCAGUAACAAAACAACAGAAAAUAAUCGUUUGCAUGCGAAUUUAGACAACAAAAAGUCAUAUAAUAAACUAUUUUCGUGCUAAUUCUAAUCGAAGUGCAGCGGCAAUACAAUUUGGAGUGAAAAAAAAUAAAUAAAGAAAACAAGCCAAAAACAAGCUGAUACUACAAACACAUAACAACAACAAAAAUUAAAAAAGCAAGCGAUAAAUGAAAAGAAAUUUCGUUCAACACGCAAAUUGAAAGUGCAAUAAGAAAGAAAGAGCAAAAAGAAAAACGUCAAAUGCAGUUAAAAGUUCAAGUUGAAGCAAGUGUUUAAAAGGAAAAAAUAAAUCAAACAUUCAGAUAAAUAAAUCUCUGAGAAAUAUUCACAAGUCUACUGCUUCUUCGCCUAAGAAGAGCUUGAAAAUCGUGCGCGUUUAAAUCAACAUUUUAGCAAAUCAUUUUUGUCAACCAUCUCUUCAAAAUUGUUGUGAAGUCUUUCGUGUCCGGUGCAUUCUGUGUUGCGUUCCUCGUUAUCAAGUGAGUGCCACACACCAAAAACAAAAGGAAAACCACACUCUCGACCAUAUACACAGUCACACCGAACACCCAACAUCCAACAUCCAACACACACACACAGACACUCACACAUUCAAAAAAACACAACAACAAUUGCGCCUAGUGCAAGGAUCAUUCCGUGUCCAAUAACUAAAGUGUCCAGUUUAUUCAACAAAAAAGGCUACGGCCCAAAAUAAACCGUCAAGAUUCUAUCGAAAAAAACUCUAUUCAGCACGACGGAGGCUUCGCUCAACUUCAACACGGCGACCACAAUGCCCUAUAACGGUGCUAGCAACGGUAGUGGUGGUGUCGGUGGUGCAGUCGCAGGCAGCAGUGUUACUGGUGGCGGGGCCACCAUUGUCGUCAGCGAGGGACCCCAGAAUAAAAAGAUACGUACCGGUGUUCAGCCCGGAGAUAACGACGUCACCAUGCAUGCUCGGUCCACACAAAAUCAGAGUCAGCAGCAAGCACUACUGAACAAGUCAAACGACGACCUAAGGAGAAAGCGUCCUGAGACUACACGGCCAAAUCACAUUCUACUCUUCACCAUCAUAAAUCCUUUCUAUCCCAUCACAGUUGAUGUCUUGCAUAAAAUUUGCAAUCCACAUGGACAAGUGCUGCGCAUUGUCAUCUUCAAAAAGAACGGCGUACAGGCAAUGGUUGAAUUUGAUAGCCUCGAUGCGGCUACGCGUGCACGCGAGAAUCUCAAUGGUGCUGACAUCUAUGCCGGAUGCUGCACUCUAAAAAUUGAUUUUGCCAAGCCGGAGAAAUUGAAUGUUUAUAAGAAUGAGACAGACACCAGCUGGGAUUAUACCCUGAGCACAGGUGAGAUUCAACCAAUUAAGGAGAUUGGAAAUGGUCGCUCACCAUUACUGCAGGAGCCUCUUUACGGUACACGACCUCAGCCCUACAGUAAGUCGCUGUUUUCUAUACCCGAAAAUGUUGUUGUGCUUGAGAGCCUUGCAACAAUACAAACACAACAUCGCAACAACCACCACCACCACCACAACAACCACCAACAACAACAACACCAACAACAUCAUCACCACCACCAACAACACCAUCAACAACAACUUGUUGCCCCAGCUCAAACGCACAAUCUUGUUCCAUUUAAAGAGCCACCACUAUUGGGACCAGGCACCGCCUUCCCACCAUUCGGUGCACCCGAAUACCAUCCCACCCAGCCGGAUAACUGGAAGGGCGCCGCCAUCCAUCCAACUGGCCUCAUGAAGGAGCCAACCGGCGUUGUUGCCGGACGCAAUGCGCCAGUCGCCUUCGCUCAACAGGGACAGGCUCAGGGCGCUGUCAUGAUGGUCUAUGGCAUGGACCAUGACACUUCCAACACAGAUAAGCUCUUCAAUUUGGUCUGCCUGUAUGGCAAUGUUGCCCGGAUCAAGUUCUUGAAGACAAAGGAGGGCACCGCCAUGGUACAAAUGGGCGAUUCGGUUGCCGUUGAACGUUGCGUGCAGCACUUGAAUAACAUUCCCGUUGGCACUGGCGGCAAAAUACAGAUUGCAUUCUCAAAGCAGAACUUCCUAUCGGAGGUGAUUAAUCCAUUCUUGCUGCCGGAUCAUACACCCAGCUUCAAGGAGUACACUGGCUCUAAAAACAAUCGAUUCCUAUCACCGGCACAGGCCAGCAAGAAUCGCAUUCAACCACCGAGCAAAAUCUUGCACUUCUUCAACACACCGCCCGGUCUGACCGAGGACCAGCUUAUUGGAAUAUUUAACAUUAAGGAGGUGCCAGCCACAUCUGUGCGUCUCUUCCCCUUGAAGACAGAGCGCUCGUCUUCGGGUCUGAUCGAGUUCCCCAACAUUUCGCAGGCCGUGCUCGCCAUCAUGAAGUGCAACCAUCUGCCUAUUGAGGGUAAAGGCACCAAAUUCCCAUUCAUCAUGAAGCUGUGCUUCUCCUCGUCGAAGAGCAUGAACGGCGCCUGGAACAAUGCGGCCAAUGAGGGCAUGAUCGAGAAGGAGAAUGACGGCGAUGUCAAAGUGGAGAUUUACAAUUGAGAUUUGAUUACCAUUGUGUAAGCAGCCAACAACCAGCUGAACAACACAACAAACAACUACACAACCACAACAAACAGCAGACAACAAACAACAAAUAUACAGAUUAUACAGAACUGGAGGAGUUGAAUUUAUGUGGAGCAUAUUGGAUCGCGAUGAGAAGAGAGGCAGACGUACACAACGGCAACAUCAAAAACAACAACAACAACAAAGCAUAUUAAAUAUUUCAAACACUAAUUAAAUUCAAAUAUUGAUGGAACGAACAUACUGAGUGUAGUCAAGAAUAACAAGAAAACUGAUUACAUAUAUAAAUAAUAAAAUUAAAUUAUUGACACACACACACACACACGCACACCUAAUCCCGACACACUAACCAAUUAAUAACUUAAACUUUAACUAAAAGAAAAUUUAUGGAAAAAAACACAACACGCAAACGCAUGUAACUUUUAAACGCCCCAUUUACUUGUAUUAAAAAAAAAUCGAAUCACAAUUAAACAUAAUCCCUACACAUUCAUGUACAAAAUGGCGGCGUUCAAAAGCUACACACACGCUCACACAGCCCACAUACACACACACACACACACACACACUCACCCGAACUCACGUUGCACACAAUUAAACUGAAACACUAUUACAUGCGUUUGCGUUACAAGAAAAAACAUACAAGAAAUGUUAAUGAAAUUGUGUGGAAGAAUAGCAAAAAAA